UGUAGAAGUUCUCUGGCAAGUCACACGCCAGGAACAGCCCGUUGCAGAACAUUAUUGGUGCAUUUUAUGAGUGACGUCAUAUACCCGCGCUUUGUUUAGAACGUCAGCCACUUGGCGGGAUUCAGGCUCCUCGGGAAGAGACAUACAGCAAGUGUUUUGAGAUAAUCACAAUGCAGUUUUCAGGCAGAAGAAAGAAGCUGAUUGGAAGCUCACAGAAUGAUCUCUACGAUCACUGUCCUCAGUUCUAUGGACAGCCUCCCCUGGAGAACAUCUCGCUCAUUGAGUUUGAAACCUUUGCAGUGGAAAGGUUGAAAUUGCUCAAGGCUGUGGAAAACCUUGGAGUGAGCUAUGUGAAAAAUUCCGAGCAAUACACCAGGAAAUUGAAUGCUGAAUUUUCCAGACUGAACUUCCCACUCAGAACGGAAUUGGAUGACCGCAGGGUUCAAGGAGGGCCAUCUGAAUAUGAGAAACGAAGGAAAGAUCAUAUCUCCCAUUUUAUUCUACGCUUGGCAUACUGCCAGACAGAGGACCUCAGGCGAUGGUUUAUCCAACAGGAAAUGGAUCUUUUCCGUUACCGGUUUGGCUGCCUUUCUUCAAAGCACAAGACUGACUUUUUGCAUAAAAAUAAUUUGAAGUAUGAGAUGGUAAGUGUAGAGGAAAAGAAAAACCUCCGAGACAAGCUCAUCAACUCAAGUUAUGGUUUGAGUGGAAUCACAGUGGAAGAAUAUGAUUUCUACAAAGUCCCAUUUCAGGAUGCCCUUGAUUUAGUGCGGUCCAGGAAAGUGUACUUGCUGGCGGGCAUUGCCUAUAUUCCCCACCAGGAGAUUGUGACGAUUGUUCUAAAUGACUACCGCACAAGACUGUCCAAAGCACUUGCAAUGACAGCACGAUCCCUGCCAGCGGUACAGUCUGAUGAACGACUCCAGCCUAUUUUGAACCACCUAAGCCAUGCCUAUGUGGGUCAGGACUACAGCAUUCAGAAGAACAUUGGGAAAAUUUCACUGGAGCAGAUCGAUCCACUCUCAGGCAAGUCUUUUCCUCUGUGUAUGAGGCACCUUCACAAGGCACUAAGAGAGAACCAUCACCUGCGCCAUGGUGGACGCAUGCAGUAUGGCCUCUUCCUCAAGGGCGUUGGUCUUACUCUGGAACAGGCCUUGCAGUUCUGGAGGUCAGAGUUCAUCAAAGGGAAAGUCGAUGCAGACAAGUUUGACAAAGCAUAUGCCUACAGCAUCCGCCACAUGUUUGGGAAGGAAGGCAAGCGCACUGACUACACCCCCUACAGUUGCAUGAAGGUGAUUUUGUCAAAUCCACCCAGUCAAGGCGACUACCACGGAUGUCCAUUCCGCCACAAUGACCCUGAGCUGCUGAAACAAAAGUUGCAGUCCUAUAAAAUUUCCCCCAUUGGGAUCAAUCAGAUUCUGGAGCUAGUCAAGGGAAUGCACUAUCAGCUGGCCUGCCAGAAGUACUUUGAGCUGACACACAGUAUUGAGGAUGCUGGAUUUUCUCUUAAUCACCCCAACCAGUACUUCAUGGAGAGUCAGAAGCUUCUUGGUGGAGGCAGGGACAUCAAGAAAGAGGUUGAGAUGUCCCAAAGAGGGCAAGAAAAUGUGUCAAAUAAUUCACCUAACAUGCCCCAACCACCUCAAGCAAACUCUAAACCAACCCAUGAUGAGAUGGGGGAUUUAGACUCUUUCUUCCAGGAUGAGUGAUUUUGUACAGCCUAACUAAGGACCAUAUAAAGCUCUUACAAGCAUUCAGUGUAUUUUCAAUAUGUUAGAUUAAGUUUUCUGAAAUUUUCAUCUUUUUGGUGAUGGAAAAGAAAAUGUUCCAAAUUGCCUGGUUUUAUUAAAAUUAAUAAUAAAACAACUGCUUAUAAAUAAAUGUAGAUAUAGACAUAGAAUUUUUUUUUUUUCUUUUUCUUCUUUUUUUUUUAUACUAAUCUAAUACUAAUCACUUUAGUAAUCAUCUGGGAUAUAUUGUUUUCUGUCUCUAUUGUUUCUUCAGAUUGGAACUAUGAUGUCUUUAUUUUUUGGAAAGGGAAUCGCAGAACUUACAUUUAUGUAUUUGACUGACACUUUUAUCCAAAGUGACUUGCAAUGAUUUCAAGCUAUACAUAUUAACAGUACAUGUGUUCCCUGAGAAUAGAACCCAUGACCUUGCAUUUGUUAGUGCUAUGUUCUACCAGUUAGGAUGAUCUACAGGAGUAGAACUUUUUGACAGAAAAGUUUGCAGCUACUGAUUUGGCAGGGUAAGGGUAGGAAACAAAAUACGGUGGACAUUUUACAAGGGGAAAUUUAGAUGCCAAAUUAAAAGUAUCCUAAAAGUAAAAAAACUGGCAUUUUUAUUUUAUGGGGUCUUUAAAUGACAGUUCUAAACUUGGUAACAAACAAAUUAACAUUUAUUAUUUUGGGAAUAGAAAACUUUGAUUUCUCUCCCUUGCCCAUCAAGGCAGAAGAAGCAAAGCUGUGAGUUAUAUUGUGUUACAGCAGUGUCCUCAAGGACAUUGAGGGAUGUUGAUUUUGGCCUCACAGGAGGUGCUUCACCCAUUUCAGCAGUCACAUUAACGCUAUCUGUACACCCUUCAUCCUCACUUCUGACUCUUAAACAUAAUUGUGCUUGAAAUGAACAUUUGUUUUUAAUGUCAAGCAUCAUUAAGGUUAGAAGAAUUUCUUCUUUGUAUGCAACAAACGUUAAGUCUAAAUGUCUUGUGUGGGGGUGCGAUUGCAGUGCAGUAUCAUACCGUUUUAUCUUGCUGACAACGUCCUUGAACAUUGAAAUAUGCCCUUCACAUGAUCAAAACCCUCCUCCUUAAUUUGCCUUACUUCUUGUUCCCUCCAUAAUGGCUUAGUUCUUGCCGCCUCUUUCUUACCGUGUACCCUGGACAAGCCAAUGUGCUAAAUAUAGAGGCAAUUAGAGGCACUGUGGAGUUAGACCUGCAUUGUGAAUGCAAAUGGGUUCCCUUGGUAGGGCAAAGACAAGUAAUGGUACCAUUAAGGGACAAAUUUAAUGAAUGCUCCUACCUUUGAGUGUGCUUAUAGUUUCGGCCCAAUUGUUAUUCUCCAAACGUGUGCACAGUUCUUUGUUAUUCUGGGUUGUUAUGUAUAUGAAUCACUUAACUUCUGGUGGUUUUUCCAUCCUGAAGAAAUCAUUGGCAAGAUGAGAAUAACAAUCUGCUGUCAAAAUAACCUUCCAACUCAGUCCAAUACACCUCAACUUACAAUGGUCCAAUGGUGUAAUAUGGAUAGUUAAUUAUACCAAUACUUCAUUUUAAUUCUGAACAACUGAGUCUUUACCCCUUUUAUGUUCAGUUGCAGGCAGACAAAAACUAAAAACAUGGAAAACCUUGCCAUGUCACUGCAUUUACACUCUUAAACAAUUAUUUAUAGUUUUCACACUCAAAACUAGAUCCUAUGACUUGCCAAUCUGAUGCAAGCUGACUGUAGGCUGGGGGAACAGAUAAACACUUCAUGCAUUUAUAUACUAUACUUUUUUAUAUAGACUGGCAGUAUACAGUAUAAAGGUUCGUUCUAUACGACCACAGUCCAUAGUGUCUUACUAUGAAGCUUGUUGUGCUGCCGGGUUUUCUGCAAUCCUUCACCCCGUCACACUAGCUGAAUUAAAUUAGCUUUGGAGUUUAAAUGUGGAGCUUGACAGACAAAGGAUUAGUGCGAAAUAAUAUGCAUCUGGAUAUAAGCAGUGCAUAGCUAGGGUAUUGUCAGUGAGAGACCUUCAUGUUUAAUGGUGGAGCUUGACUGCAUUUGACAAAGCUAUACCCCUCCUACAUGCUUUCUUGCACCAGGACCCAGUACACUGGAGCUACUUUCACUUCAACAAAUGGAUUUAAUGUUGUUAGCCAUAUCAUGCAGUACACAGUUCCCACAAGUGUCAGAAAUGUAUUUUUUGUUUUAGUUUUUUUUUUUUUUUUUUUUUUUUUGUGGAUUUUUUUGUCUUUAUGAGAGCUUUUUUUUUUUUUUUUUUGCCUAUAUUAAAACAGCGUGUCAUCCAUUUAUGUCAAAUAUGUCAAAAUAUAUUCUCAAUCUGAACAAUGAUAAUUCUGUUACUUGGAAAAGCAUCAUAAAAUACUAAAGUAGCUUUAAAGAAUACUUAAGAAAUAACAUGAUGAACACUGCAAAAGUGCAUCCAAUAUUAUAUAAUUUAGGCUCUCUGACUAUUUACCAUUACAGUAUAUCUUUAAUAGUUCAUUAAGUUUUUGAAUUUUUCAUGUUCAUUGUUUAAGUUUUAUACAAAAAAAAAUCACUUCGUAAUAGCAUUAGAUUUAAAAACCAUUGCCUUUUUGAGGCAGUAAAUAGUUCUGUAUAAACUAUGAUAAUUAGAUAGGACUAAAAGAAUAGACUAUGAUAUAAAAUGUUAGAAAACAGAUAAAGUCUGUGAGGAUUUUUGCUCCACAUUUUAAACAGACAUUUUUUGCAAUUUCUAUGCAAUUUUUGCCCCAAGCCCUAGUCAAUUUCUGACCAUGGUACCCACAUAAUAUAAUUUACUGUUUAGAAGAGAGGCCAAUUGGGGAUGGUGCAUUUGGUGGAGGAAGAGAAAAGCAUAAUGUAUUCAAUGAUGUGCCUGUCCAUGCUUGAAAGCAGUAAAGCCUUUUACCUAUCUGCGUGUGGGGAUACUGCUCUCCAUUUAUCUGGGGAAAGUGAGAUAAAUCGGUUUCUUCUGUUUACAUGUGUUUACUAUGUAUUGUGCUAUGUAGAAUAAAAUGUAAUUUCAAUGCUUUAUUGUUUUAGAAGCACAGUCUUUUUCCCCUGCUUUCCAUUUUUGUAGAUUAUUUAAAUCACUUAUUCCAGUAUAUUUGAAAGGGAACAUUCUUUUAAAAAAAAAAAAAAAAGCAUGACCAGUGGUUUAUAUAAAGCAAAACCUUGAUGAGUUGAAGGUUGCAGAGCAUGUGGUUGUCCUCUGGGCAGCAAAAGGUCUCAUGCCACUGUAUGAUAAUUAGUUCCAUUUGUCAGUCUUUCAUGAGGUUAAUUUCUGAGAAUGGCCAGUCUGAGACUGGGACAGAUGCAGCUGGCUUCUGGGAUAAUAGAAGUACUUACCCUAACUUUACACUGCUACACUUCUGCUGUGCAAGGUGUAAAAUUGAGUUGCUAAAUCCUGUUGAAUCGCUAGAAAUGUAUUAUAUACUUUUGCAUCUCAAUAGCUUUAACGGAACCAAUUUACAUUGAAAAUGGUCUUGUAGGGAAUUUCUGAUGCAACCCUCAUAUGAAUUUCUCUGCCAGGUACUGUUGGGGAUUAUUUAACAAUCUGGUGCAUGGAUUAUUAUAUCACAAAGUAUAAAAUAUUUUAAUGUUUCUUUUUACUCCAAAAUGAGAAUAUUAUCACUCCAAAUUUGAUUGUUUUCCCCAAAAUCAUGUGUUUUUAAUAGUAAGUAAUAGUAAUAUUCCAGAUUUACAUUAUCACUUUUUUCACCAUGUUGAAUUUGCUGUCAUAAAUAAAAAACAAGUUUAUAUAAAGAGAGAUCUAAUAAAUGGAGCAGUCCUAUAAUAUUUUGCGUACGGGUCAAAGGUAACCCAUGGUGUUUUGGAUGCACUGUAGGCUACUGUAACAUCACACUGAAUUGUUAAAAAUGUCCUUUCUGUUCACUGUAGUGGACACCAUGCAUCAGAGGGUUAAAUAAUAGAUUCAGUGGAAUGUCAUGUUAAAUCAUUUUAAAAAGGUUUUUAGAAAAUUAUUUCAUUUCUGGGAGUAAAUGAUGUUGCUGGCUAGUAAUGAUUAAUCCAUCUUGCUGUACAGCUGUUUACUGUGACCUCAUGACCACAGCACCUCCUCUUCACACUAAACUGUGGCUCCAUUGUUUUGCAUUCUCUAAUUUUUAUGGAGAAAAAAAAAAUCCACUAUUUCCUCAGUUCUGUCAGCAGCAACCUUCUUUAUCUUGAUGUGUAGGGCUCUUUGUGGUAGCUUUUAUCGACUCCUGGUGUAAUUUCUUCACCUCUAAUCUUGCAGAAAGUAAGCUUGAAAUGUCAUAGAUAAGCACUUUUCGGAAGUUGUUUGGCCCACGGGGAAUAAUUUGGUAUUCUCAGGCAUUCCACCUUGGCGUAAGCAGUAUAAGAGAUGUAGUAUAAAGCCCUGCAUUCAUAGAGAAAUGUUUUGAUUCACUAUGCUUUAGCAGUGGACAAAUAUAGCAAUUCCGAAAGGGUACAGCCGUUUAUCUUUAAGUUUUUGUGUUUUCUUCUUUCUAAAGAAAAUAUCGUAGAUCUAUGAAUAAUAAAUAUGUGUGUGUAAACAUUUCUGAACUGGAAUGGGCUGUGAGUUAUUUGGUCUUGUUUUCCUUAUCUACAGUUUCGGUGUACAGAAAAAACAACAACAGAUAAUUUGCAAAAGGCAGACUCAGGCCUAUUUUUUGUCCUCAUUACAUUGGUAUAUUUCCAUAGCUAAAUUGCUUUUACUGAUGCAUAAAAUCUAUAGACGGAUUCUGGCUUGAUGGUUCAGAGGCCAAAUAUAUUCAUAUACAGGGCUCAACAAUAAGGAUAUUCCAGGACCAGUGUUAGAAAGUUGGACCAGUUGAUGCAACUGUGACAGUACUACAUUGUCAUUAUAUCUUACAUUCAUUCAUCAUGUACAUGUGUUUUUAUGCCGUCCAAACCUAAACAUGGUUGUUGCGAAUUUUGUUGAUUUACAUAUAAUACCCAGGUAAAGUUAUCUAGCAGGCUAACAGUAUUAGGUUUUGUUGAAAUUGUUAGACUGCCUGAAAGCAUGAGUUUGAAUUGGAUAGAAUUAUAAAAUGAUGCCAUUGUUUCUCAGCAAAAGUGUUUGUCUAUUGAAAAUGUUAACUGAAUAAUGUCCUGUUAAUAUCGCAAAUUAAAAACUAUACAUUUGUCAACUGUAUUUUGUUCUGAUAUGUAUGUAUAAAAAUGUAAAAAAAAUCCAGUGUGACCCAUCACAAUGAAAAUCCUUAUGUCAUUAUGUUCUAUAUAGUAUUAGAGUUAUAUAAAAUAUAUAUAUACUGAUUUGAAACAUCCUGCAGCCACUUCUACACUUUGCCCUGUACCUAAUCUGGCUAGACAUUGACUAAUUAGUAUAAGACUCCAGCACACUUGCUGCUCUGAAAUUGUUCUUAUCCUGUGCUGUUCUUUCUCUU